CACUUUGCGGUCAAGCAACUCCAUCUUCAAAGUCAUGAAGGGUAUGCAAGAGAAGUGGAGCUUUUUGAAAGAUUAGGGGUAGGAUCGAAAGGGAAAGAUCUGGAUCAUCUCAUCCAGCUUCAACUCACUUACAAACAUGGCCAGUCUUACUACCUCGUCUUUCCAUGGGCGGAUGGAAACCUGCUUCAAUUCUGGAGUGAGAGUUCUGCCACUCCAGGAAGGCUUUCCGAAAUUGUCUGGUUACUGGGACAGUGUAUGGGCCUCGUUCGCGCUCUUCGGAAAAUCCACCAUGUCUCCGAUGAUCCAAAAUCAUUGCUUGAUAACAAAUACUGGGGUCGACAUGGUGACAUCAAGCCAGAAAACAUUCUUUGGUUCAAGAAAUACGAGGAAUCUCAACGCAACUUUCUAGUGAUUUCUGACUUUGGCUUAACUCGAUUCAACAGCGCCGAUUCAAGGUCCAAAGUUGCCCAUGAUUCAAUCAAGGGUUUCUCGGGAUCUUAUAGGCCGCCUGAGGUGGAUCUGAAAGGGACGAUAUCACAGCGGUAUGACAUAUGGUCUCUAGGAUGCGUUUUCCUUGAAUUCGUGUCUUGGUUUCUCAUUGGCCACAACCGAACGAAGAAGGAUUUUACGGAUGCUAGGAUUCGGGAAGACAGUGACCAUACUGGAUUGCUUUUUGUUGAAGAUAAGUUCUUCAAUAUCAAUCCAAGUAUAGACGGCCCGCUACCAACAGCCAACGUGAAGAGAUCAGUCACUUCUUGGAUCGAUGACCUACACCAGCAGAAGAAUUGCGCCGAGCCUGUGCAUGAACUAUUGGACCUUAUUCAAUACACAAUGCUUGUGCCAGAUUCAAAGGAGAGAUGGGUCUGUUCACGGAUACAACCGGCAAUUCACAAGUUGAUUCUGAGGAGCCGAAGUGACGCAGCUUAUGCUACCAAGGGAACUUAUGGCGCUCCUGAUCCAUUGAGAUUCCCUUCUCAAUUUCUGGGGUCUCAGGCCGUACGUAAAAGGACCAGACAUCUCCACCUCUUGACUUACAUGAAAUGCAGGAGGUCAAAAACCCAAAUUCACCUGGCACUGAAGCGAAAGACAUCCAAAGGGAUAGGUCUCUGUCUCUUUCGCCAGAAGCUGCUGUCCGUAGUGUGGGACGCAAGCGGCCCGGAGCCCACAGCCACGGAAAAGGACCACCAGUCGAGCCCGCUAUCGCCCCCGUUCAAUCACCUGGCUUCACUCAUCCCCUCACCGAAUCAAAUUCUAAGCUGGCUCAUGUGA